UGAAGACUGGCCACUAAGUUGCUUUGACUUCCUGAAAGCAAACACAAUAUGAGGCGACCACCAGCUUAUUUACCUCUUCUGAGAUUCGGCAUGAUUUUAAAAAUUAAAAUGGCGGACAACUAAGCAGAAGCAUAACCCUUUUUGGGUUUAAUACUAUAUUCAUAAACAUGAAAGCAUUAUAUAUUUUCAUAUUCCUUCUCUUUGAAACCACGAUGUCGGACAAAUCACAAGAAGCUCAGACCGUUGUACCAGACUACAUGAAAGAUGUGGAUGGUUUAGGCGACUUGAUUGACAAACGAGGAGAAGAGAUUGACAGGUUGGGUGCGUUGCUUGACAAUAGCACAAAUCGUAUGGAGGAUGACAUAGAAGCACGUGGUAAAGAAAUCGACAGUCCGUCAGCAAAUCGCUUGAUUGAGCUUAAAGGAGAGAAGAUUGAUCAAGUUAGUGGCCUAAUGGAUAGAGAAGUGGAAAGCCGAGGUGAUUUGGUUGAAUCACAAGUGACUGGCUCAAAACAUACAACUAUUUUACCGGACGGUACAAAUAUGGAAAGCAGUGCAGAGAACCCGAUCGAUAUCCAAAGUGACAAGGUUGAGCAGCAAGGAAAGCUUGUGGAAGACUUGGGAGAUCUUAUUCAAAAAAACACUCGAAGUAUAGUACCUAAAUUUAUUUUAAACCGAAUGUCAAAGAACCUUAAUAUAAAAAAUAAACAAAAUUGGAAUAUAUUGGGCGAGAAGAGAUUUGAUAUCGAUACGCCUGAAAUUGAAAAACUAACUCAAAGCUCAGAAGGGAAUAAGCGAAAGGUUAUUGUUCCGGUAGGAAAAAAAAAACUCGAAAAAUUGCUUGUCUUUUAUUACAUGAAAAAGUGGUACCCAAAAUAUGUGAACAAGUUGUUGGAAGAAAACGAUAAAAACAAGGAAGAAGAAGACGAUGACUCUCAAGAUACAGUUCUUAAAAGCUUAUCAGGAAGAGAGCAUAACUUAGAGGCAGACAUUCAAAAAUAUGUACUUCCGAAAAUGGACACAAAAUUAGUCGACCAAGAAAGAAAGCUUGAUAAUGUUAUAAUAAGUUUGAUGACUAAAGAAAUAAACAUGAAAUCCUCAGUUGGAGAAAUCGAUAGUAAUAUUCUACCUGCGGCGGAGGGUGUUGACAAAGAAAACGUGGAUUCAGCGGAUGACAAGAGAAUACUUAAAGGAACAACUACGCCCUUGUUAAAAAAAUAUUUUGACAAUAAUAGUAAGGUGGAUGAUUCGAACAAAAAACUGACCUGUAAAGAGGGGCUUAAAUGCGUUGUUUCCGAACUCGUCACUUUAUUGGAUAAAACAUACUUGAAAUCCAAUCAGCUUCAACAGGGCGAAGCACGUGACUCAAAUGGUUACGGGCGAGGAGGAAUUGAUCCGUACGCUACUAUUGGUCAUGCCUCGAUACAACAUGUAAGUGAACACCACGAGCAGCAAGAUGUCGACGAUCAUGAGAGACAUUAUGUCAACCAUGAAGGUCAUUAUGUAAAUGACUUUUACCAUCACGAAGACAGUCAUCAGCCUCACUUUGAACACAGCCCAGAGCAUCAUGAUAAUAAGGUGCUAGAUGAAUCCGCUGAACUUGAACAUAUGAUACACAGCAUACCAGACCUUCACGCUGUAAAUUUUAAUGAUAACAUACAUAAUAACGUACCACAUGAAUUUCAACGAAUUUACCAUCAAGAAGAACUGGAAAAACAGAGAGAAAAAGAAGAAAAGAAAGAAACAGAGCGUCUUCAUCAAAUAGAGAUCCAACGUCUCCGCGAAGAAGAGCGGUUGCGACACGAAGAAGAGCAGCGACAUCGUGAGAAAGAAGAAAAGGAACAAAAAUUCCACAAAGAAAUGCAUCGUAUUUCUGAUCACCACGAAGGAGAACAUGGCCAUCAUAAUGGACACCGUCACAAAGAGCAUGGUUUAGGACAUAAUUUGCACGAAUUGGAGUUUAUUCAUCAGAUUGGUCUUCAUAGCGACCACGGUUGGCAUCACGAUUUUUAUCAUUAUCACCGUGACCACCACCAUCACGACGGUGAAAAAAUGCACGACGAAAUUCACCAUGACAACUUAGACCAUCACUUUCAUCACGAUCGUCAAAGAGAUGGCGAAUUUAAUGACGGAGUUGCCCCGAAGAGCACCCAAAACAGAGCUGUUGCCGUAUCAGGUGAGGCAAGAGCGAUAGAUGUUUAUAAACCGUACGAACACCAUGACAAUAGCAAUGAAGAGCAAGUAAACUUUCAUCCUGAAGAGCAUCACGAUCAUCACCAUGGUCACGCGAAGAAACAUAACACGCAACAUAAACGACUUAAGCACGUGUAUGAGCACGUACACCAUUAUGAAAAUCCAAUCGUUCAUAUUGAGCAUAAUGAUGAGUACGACGAAUCGCCAGGUGAAGACUUUCAUAAUACGCUUGAGAUGAUAUCUAAUCAAGGUUCUCAUGUACAUGUUCACGAACAUCCCCACGAAGAAAUUGAAGACGAUGAUACGUUACCUAUACCGGGCGUUGUUCAUGAAGGACCAAUCUCAACAGCGUCUGUUUUUAGUGACCAUUUUAAAGGACCAGGUAUACGCGAUCAACCAGAUGUGCACUACGAAGAAGAGAUGGAUGCUAACCACUAUCGUAAAAGAAGAAGUACUAAAACAGUCGAAGUAACAAAGAAAAGGAAAGUAUUAUCGAAGCGAGGCGACCCCUACGCCACUAUUGGUCAUUACCCAGAAAAUCAUUUGGAUAUAGGGGAGUUAGAACAUGAGGAAAUUGAGAGCAGUCACGAAGAAGAUUUUGGUGGCGGUUAUGGAUGGGAUCUUUUCCACCACCACAACCACCACCAUCAUUGUGGUGUGAGCGGGAUAGGUUUUGGUGGGAAUUACGAAAGCGUUUACGGAGGUUAUGGAGGACAUCAUGGCAGCCAUGGUAGCGGUUAUGGCGACCAUGGCGGCGGUGGGUAUGGUGGAUCACAUUGCGAGCAUAUAGUACACCACAUGAACCACCAUCUCAGACAUUUCACUGAGGACGAAGAAGAAAAAAAAGAGGAAGGUGAUUAUGAUCAUGUCGACCAUGGACAUCACGUACACCAGCCAAACCCAGAACCAUACCAUUUUAAUGACCACAUUCAUCCAGCUAUACCCCACAUAUAUGAACAAUUAGAACAUGAACCAUGGGUUUACCAUGGUCAUGGUCACCAUCAUGAACAUCAACAUUAUAAACAUCACCAUGACAACCAAGAUCCAAAGCAUGAAUCGCAUCAUCAUCAUCCCGAACCCGAAGCUGAGCAUCAAGACGACCAUGAUCACGACGAAAAUCAUGUCGUGCACGUCAAUGUUCAUUACCCGUGGUUACAUAAAAGAGAUCGUACUAAGAGAGAAGACUCAUUAAACACACCAUUAGUACAUACCAGUUUACAACGUCUUAAUAUGUCGUCAACUAUAUUAACUAGAGGCAUUGACGUCAAUCCCAAACUCAGAGAAAAGAGGUGGCACCGUGGACAUCACCGUUACCACUACCGUCAUCAUUAUUUCGACGACGAUGCUGGUGAUUCUGAGGGAGGUGAUGGGCACGAUGUUGCGCGACUAAGUUAUCUUACGGAAAAGUACGGCCAUGAUAUGACGCAUGAUAUUGAUAAGGGGACACAUGAAGUAGAAGCCGUAGGAGAUGAGAUUGAAAGACAAGUCAAUCGUCAAAUCGACGACGUAACGGAGGAAGGCUACGACGUAGAAGCACCCGAUUAUGACAGUCAUGGCCACUUUUAUCCGACUAUUCAUGAACCCGAUGUGGAAAACGACGUCGAACGAACUUUUCCGCAGUUAACACAACGUCAAUUAAUUGAGAUGGUCGAACGUGAUCGUUAUCGACAUUCAUAUGAUGUGCCGACACGUCACACGCAUAUUCAUUAUGACAAAGAUGAUGACGACGACAGAUAA